UAUUAACGUUUUGUUGAAUGAAUAAUAUAGUGUUAACUAUUUAACAAAGGAGGAUCAGUUAUAUUUUUGUAAAAUAAAUCAUUAUGUUUAUUCAUCUAUUUAAAUUUGUUCACAGUAACAAGUUAGUAGAAGGUUCAAGAAUACUAUUAUAACCUCUUCUUACUUCAGAAAUAACAUAAAGCUGGGCUGCUUCAUGACGUGAAAUGAAAGUAAUACUAUUCGGAUUUUCUCUUCAUAUUGUGUUUUUACUUUCGGUAUUCGAUAUAUACUUCAAGUCUCCAAUUGUGCAUAAUAUUCAAGUUCAACAAGGAAUAGUCAAUCCACCUGCCAAACGUGUUGUUCUUUUUGUUGCCGAUGGAUUAAGGGCAGAUUCUCUCUUCUCCAAAGGCAAUAAUGAGUACCCAUCACCCUACAUCAGAUCGAUCAUUGAGUCCCGAGGAUCAUGGGGAGUGGCUCAUUCUAGAGUUCCAACCGAAUCUAGGCCGGGGCAUAUUGCUUUAAUAGCAGGGUUCUAUGAGGAUCCCUCCGCUGUUUUUACGGGAUGGAAGGACAAUCUGAUUGAGUUUGAUUCAGUAUUCAACCGAAGUUAUGUCACAUAUUCUUGGGGUAGUCCAGAUAUCUUGCCCAUGUUCAAAAAAGGCGCUGCAGCCAAUAAGGUGCACAUUUUGUGCUAUGACGCAGAAGAUGAGAACUUCUCCGGACAAGGCUCCACAAGACUAAACACAUGGGUUUUUGAUAAAUUUGAAGAGUUUCUAAAGACAGCCAAGAAUGACGUUGUACUUUACGACAGUUUGAACCGACAAGGGGUUGUGUUUUUUCUCCACCUACUCGGACCCGACGUGGCAGGACACGCUAAUAAACCACAUUCACGGCAGUACAGAGACAACAUAAACGUGGUCGAUGAAGGAGUCAAGAGAGUGGAACAACUAAUUGGUGAUUUUUAUGAACAUGACAACAAAACAGCCUUCGUCUACACUUCAGAUCAUGGAAUGACGGAUUGGGGUUCACAUGGGGCGGGGUCAAAGGCGGAGACUGAGGUGCCACUGGUAGUGUGGGGCGCUGGGGUGGCGGGCCCCCUUCCCCCCGCCACUUCCACCUCCGUCAGUCCUCCACAAUGGGGCCUGGGUCAUCUACUACGCAAGGACUUGGCUCAGGCGGAUGUUUGUCCCCUAAUGUCUGUGCUCAUCGGAGUGCCUAUCCCUGUACAUUCUGUGGGGGUUCUUCCACUUGACUAUUUGUCAAUUCCGGAUCACGACAGAGCGGCCGCCAAGGUACAGAACGCUUAUCAGCUGACUGCACAGUUCGACCGGAAGAGAGAAACUGUGGAGUCCAACUUGAUGAGUUGGCUUUACAAACCUUUCCCUGAUCUUCCCAGGGACAGGGAACGCUCCCUGAGACGGGAUAUUGAUCUUUUGACAAGGGAUGGAGAAUUUGAUGCAGUGUUGAAGAAGAGUCAAGAGUUGAUCCAACUCAGUCUUGCAGGGCUGGACUAUUAUCACUCGUAUUUCCAAAGUCUGCUGCUAGGCUGUGUCACUGUGUCGUUCCUGGGAUGGAUCGGUUGGCUAUUUUGUCAGCUGAUGCAGAAAACAUCUGGAACAAAAAAAUCCUCAUCAACAAAUGAUAGUGUGCAGAAUUUGAGAGUUUGGCCAGAUUAUACGUUUCUCUUUCUUGGAGUUCUCAUAAUGUUUUUCAUAUUUGUACAGUCACUCCCUGUACAGUUUCACCUGUACUGCUGCCUGCCACUGCUUCUGUGGUGGAGUGUACUUCGUCAAGUCAAGACAGUACAGUUGUUUACAAAAUACAGCGUGUCACAAGUUAUCUGCUCUUCUGCCAUCUAUGUAGUUCUUCUUGAACUAUUGGUGUUGACAUUCUUCCAUCGCUGGGUGCUGUCUCUGGUCGUCGCUGUUGUGGGGCUCUGGCCUUUCUUCUUGGCAGAAAGACGAACGCUGUUGACUCACAAUGUUGAGGUCUAUUGGCUCUUGUCUUGCCUCACAUUGGCUGUCUUCCCAGCGCUUCCAGUGGUCGGACAGCAGACACAACCUAUACUAGUGGUGGGCUGUGCUGGUCUGUGGGUGUUGUUUGGGUCAGCCAGUAUCUACCUACUGGGAGCUCGCAGGCUGAGUUGGCCAAUGAUGGUACAAGUUGUGAUGGUCUGUGUAACCACAGUGGUAAUCUACUCUACUGAUCAACACUUUGAGACUGGCCUGGGUCUACAACCUGUCAACCAACUGGCAGCGUGGAGCUUACUGGUUGUCAGUGUAAUGAUGCCGAUGCUGACCAGUGCUGAAGUACCCGUCAGGUUCCUCAGCAUAGGACUAGGUCUGGCUGUACCCUACCUCCUGCUGUGUGUCGGCCAUGAGGCUUUCUUCUUCCUCUCUCUCUUCGUCAGCCUCUGUAUCUGGCUUCUUGUGGAAGCAAAUCUGUCGCAAGUUAAGAUAUCAAAAAUCAGAUUUGAAGACAUAUCAAGGACAAGUGGCCUCUUAUCAACGGAUGAUUUUAGGAAAUGCUUUUUCUUUCUGAUGUUUAUAAUCCUCUCCUUCUUCGGAACCGGCAACAUUGCGUCUGUCAACUCAUUUGACGUGUCGUGGGUCCGAUGUUUCCUCACUGUCUUUUCUCCGUUUACGAUGAUGACGCUGAUUUUACUCAAGACUGUGAUACCAUUCCUUCUAGUCACCUGUAGUUUUAGAGCUGUGAACAUAUUUUCAGAGGUGAAAGCAGAGAAAAUGCUGGUCAUAGUCCUCAUCUACUGCGAUCUCAUGGGGCUUCAUUUCCUGUACCUGGUGACCAACCAGGGCAGCUGGUUAGAGAUAGGAACGUCGGUGUCUCAUUUUGUCAUCAUGGAGGUGACUGUACUCUUCCUCGCUUGCCUGUACCAUGUGGCUCGGCUGUACACGGACACCAAUGUCCACAAACGAACAGUUCAACCCACUACAAUCACGCCAAUGUGGAUACCUCCUUCCAAAAACCACCCCGAUUAGAGAGGAAACAGUAUUAGAGAAUAGUUUUCUUAUUUAAAUUAUAUUUAUGAGAAACAUUUUAAUAUUAAGUUAUUAAGUGCA